AUGAGUGACCUUAGGAUUAUGAUUUACUUUUUGAGCAUGGAGUUCCACAAGUUAAAACUGGGACUGCUCAUGCAUCUAAGAAAGUAUGCUCUUGAGAUAUUGAAGAAGUGUGAUAUAGAACAUUGUAAUGCUACCAAUACACCAACUGAAACAAGAUUAAUGGAGAGACCGAAGGUGUCUCACUUUGCAGCAAUUAAGAGGAUCCUAAGAUACGUAAAAGGAACUCUUAGCUGCGAAAUUCUCUUUCCCGCAAAAGAUAUGGACAAAAAAUGGGAUUUUAUCGAUUAUACCGAUUCUAAUUGGUGUGGAGAUAAAGAUGAUCAAAAGUCUACGACUGGUUAUGUCUUUAUGUUCGGAGGAGCACCAAUCUCUUGGUGUUCUAAAAAGGAGCUGGUAGUUGCAUUCUCUUUGUGA